GUCAUUCAAUAAAAAGAGCACAACAACACCUUUUGAAAGUUUACGAACGUGGUCAAUGGCAGCAAUGGCUCCAAGCAAAGAAGAUGAAACUACUGCCCUAUCUCUCCCACAAAAGAGAUACUACCGCCAAAGGGCACAUUCAAAUCCCAUUGCAGAUCAUUGUUUUGAUUAUCCAGCUCGUCCGGCCGAUGUCGAUUGGAGCACUUUGUAUCCCAAUUAUGAUUCCUGUAGUCCAACGAAGCUUGUAGAAUUUGCUGAUAUAGGCUGCGGCUAUGGUGGCUUCUUAGUGGCAUUGGGUGAAAUGUUCCCUGAUCGCAUUUCCAUUGGCAUGGAAAUACGCGUGAAAGUAUCCGACUAUGUCAUGGAUAGAAUAAAGGCAUUACGUUCCCAAAAUCCUGGUAAAUACAACAAUAUCGCUUGUAUUCGUACAAAUGCCAUGAAGUACCUGCCAAAUUAUUUUGUUAAACAUCAGCUAGAGAAGAUGUUCUUCCUUUAUCCUGAUCCACAUUUUAAAAAGGCCAAACAUAAGUGGCGUAUUAUUAACCAGGCUUUGUUGUCAGAAUAUGCCUAUGUUCUUAGAAAGGGGGGUUUAGUUUAUACCAUGACCGAUGUGGAAGAUUUGCACAAAUGGAUUGUUAAACACAUGGAAGAUCAUCCGCUGUUUGAAAGAAUUUCCUCAGAAGAAGAGGCCAAUGAUCCCAUUACACCAAAAUUGUAUCAAAGCAGUGAAGAAGGUGCAAAAGUUGUAAGGAAUAAGGGUUCACAUUUCUUAGCUAUAUUUCGAAGACUUUAAAAUUUUGUGCAUUAAAGACUUCAGUUUAGUAUGUAAUCUCAAAUUUUA